GUCUUGAUGAUCAUCAAGGGUAUAUUCAGGAGGUAUGAGAAAUGGAACCCUGUUCAUCCUACUUAUGGAGCAUUUUGGGGAAUGGGCAUUGGGAUUGGCUGUGGCGUCGGAUGGGGACCUGGUUUCGGCCCUGAGGUCAUUGGCUACGUCGGUGCCGGCUGCGGCGUCGGUUUCAGUGUUGGUAUAACACUUGCUGGUCUCGGCAUUGGUCUCCCCACGAAUCUUCUUCUUGCAGCUCCUUAUAACACUGCGGAAGCAACUAGAAAGGGUGCGUUUAAGCUGUUUGGUAAAAAUCUCUCAAUCGAUGGUUGGAGCCAUGUUAUGCCUCGAUUUGACGGGUUGCAGAGACAAGUCAGUGAGAUGUGGUGCUCUGGUUUUAACAAGAAGCCUCUCUUCGAUGAUGCAAUUGACAUAAAAAGCUUGCCUUUGUUCAUUUCACAUGAUAGUGAAAGAUUCCGGAGUCAUCUUCUCCUUGUGCGCAAAGGUUUGGAUGACAAGAAUCGUGGAGAUUCAUCUGCUACGUAA